CGCCGACAGGACGGCGGCGACGACGACGGCGCGUGUAGGGUCAAUUUGGCACUGCCAUAUUUAGCAGAGAGAGGGUACAACGGAUACAGGCAUUGCCAUGGAGGACUGCGUCGCGCGAGGUGGCAUCUCUCACGUCCUCGCGCAGGCGCGGGCGUCCCUGAAGCAUCCAUCUCGGCCGUUCACACCAAAGACAGGGAAUCGGCCACUCUUUCAUGGCGACGACUACCGCCCCGGUUCUCGACCCAGCUCGACGUACUCGCAGGAUGGAGCGGAGUACACCAAGCCUCAGAGCCCUCAGGUGGCGUCGUCGGUGACAACACACACAGUCACAGGUCGGCGUUCCUCAUGUCGACGCCGUGGGAGUGACCAUCGCACCAACGACGAUGGUGACAAUGAAGGAGGCGGAAACGAUUCAGACAACCAAGGUGCGGAUGCGGCAUCACGCCCGUCCAGCGUGUUGGCAGCUGGCCCGACGUCCCCGUUGUGCGACUCGGCGCGGUCUCAAGUGGCGCCUGACGACGACGACCACGAUGCUAAAUCGCGCUUCGACGAGUUCAAGGACCAAGAAGACGAAGUCGAUCCCUCUUGCUACGCCACACCAGAGUCCCUGCACAUGACGCUACUUCAACUUCAGUUGGCUUUGCGUGACGUCGAGAAUGGCCAUGCUGCCGCCACCUCCUUUGGCGCCGUCAAGAAGUGGACCAACCAACUCUUCCACGAUGUCCACCUACUUCGCCAUGACGAUGGCGGCUCACGCGCGUCGACAUCAUCUUCCGCCGCUGUUGCUACGACCUACGCCGCGUGCCUGACGCAGCUCUUAAGCCUUGUUGAAAAAACGGCAGAAGAUCACAUAAUUGGACUCGUCCAUGCGGCCAUGCAGCUAUGGGCGUGUCAUUUGUCGCCUGGGACCCACGACAACCAACACGGACGCCUCCUCGUCGGUGCAUGCAAGCGGCUAUUCAUGUUGAGCAAAGAUCCGGUCAAUGACGACCGGUUUUGCCACGUAGCAGUCGUCGAGACGCUGCUGGGGGUAUUUUCAACCAAGAUCUCGCACGGGGUGCCCACCCAAGUCCUCAUUUACGUUGCUGGCGCCCUGAAGAACGUGUCGGGGUCCUCCAGAAUGGUCACUUUGCUCGCCACGAACGGCGCAAUUGGCAUUUUCGCCAAAGCACUCGAGGUAACGUUUGACAAGGACGUGAACGCGGCGGCACAAGUUCUUGUCCAAGUCACUGCAAUCCUGCGCAACCUGGCCGAACACAAGCAAUGCCUCAAGCAGUUUUGGCAUGCCCAAGUGAUCCAAGCGCUCUGUGACUUGCUACCGACCUACUCAUCGCACGGCGAGCUCGUACUGAAUGCUUGUCGCGUGCUGAGCAAGCUCACCUUGCACGAAGCUGGGCGAACUCAAGCCAACAAGGACGGCGACAACCUGCGCCACUUGCUGCAUCUGCUCGACGGUGUCACUUCCUCCCGGCACCACGACGCGGCGCUUGUCAUCCGCCUUGCAUUCAUCCUCGGCAAUCUCACUGCCACCAACGAUCGCAACCGCAAAGCCAUCUACACGAACGGCGCGGUCCCGCACCUUUUGCGCCUGUUGAAGGAAUAUCACAUCCGGUAUACGGACAAGCAUCCGGAUAAUGCUUCCAAUGCGACUGCGGAGGACGUUCUUGUCAAGUUGGUGCGGCUUCUGGCGAAUGCCGCGAUCCACGCGUCCGUGGGGCCGACACUGGGCUCGCUACCUGGUAUCGAAGUCCUAAUUGAUAUCCUCGACCAUGCGAAGGCAGAGAGACAUGAAGAGCUGAUGCUGAACGUGGUCAGCUGUCUCACCAACUUGUCCUUCUACGCGACGGAAGCAGCGGCCACGAACGUCAUCACAGUGCACCGCCUUAGGUUAUCGCGCGAUUUGGCCAGCAUUCUGGUCGAUCCAAAUGACGAAGCAGUUGUGGAAGCCACGCGCGCGUUUGGGAACCUCAGCCGAUUCCCCGACGUUCUUGGUACAAUGCUCGCCACCGACUCGACCCUUCUACCCACGUUUGUCAUGCUUCUCGACCACGCAAACCGAGACGUUGUCUUCACCGUGUGCGGAGUUCUCAUGAAUACUGCGCUGGAUCAACGCACUCGUGGUCGAUUGCACGCUAUCUCGAUCCCCAUCUCUGACAGCGACACUUCGAUCGUGGACACACGUGACUUGCUCGUCGGUCUCUUUCGCCACGCAGGCCUCAAGGACCUCGCGAUGAGCACGAUGGUGUGCAAAGUGCUAUUCAACCUAGUUCUUUCCGCUCAGUCGAAGACGUCUUCGGAAGUUGCGUAUGUCGACACGCCUACCGGUCGAUUGCUGUUGUCGACGUUGGAGGAACUCGUUGAUGCCAUCGCCGACUCGGUGACUGAAGCGGAGGUCGAAUUUGCCAGCGUCGCACAUGCACUCAUGCGGAGUUUGGUCAAAUAGAGUGGGGCAUUUGCAUGUAAUAUCAAGGAACACCUCGACAUGAUAUCAGCCACUCAUCCCGCAUAUCCCUGCGCUGCCUCUAUCAUGGCCAUCGAGUAUUUCAGCAGG